AUGGCGGCAUUUCCGUUUCCGGGAGGCGUGCGCACCUCCAAGAGUGCGGCACGUCCGUUUCCGAGGGGCCAUGUCCCCAUCCAAGAUGGCGGGUCAAGCGGAGGGAGGCGGAGGCGGCGGCGGCGGCGGAGGGGAAGGGAGAGGGAGGUGGCGGCGGCGGCGGGGGAAGGGAGGGAGGCAGCGGCGGAGGAGGAGGAAGGAGGAGGAGGAGGAGGAGGCAUCCUGCUCAAUGUUGCAAUGAGUGCUGCUGUUGCUGCUGCUUCUGUUGGUGAGGGUGUUGCUGCUGCGGCUGCUACUGCCACUCUGUAUAGUGCUGAGAUGAGUUGUGGUGCUGCUGCUGCUGGUGAGGAUGUUGUUGCUGCUGCGGCUGCUUCUGCUGCGUGGAGUGCAUCUAAGAGUUCUGUUAGUGAGGGUGUUGCUACUGGUGCUUCAGUUGCUGUGGAGGUGGUGGCUGCCACUGCUGGUGCCACUGGUUUUGGUGUGUGUGCUGUUGAUGAGGGUGCUGUGGUGGCUGCCACUGGUUUUGGUGUGGGUGCUGCUGCAUCUGAGGUGUCCCUCGGUGAUGGUGACGGUAUUGGUUGUGGAGACGGUGGUGGUGGUGGUGACUGUGCUGAGGUUACUCCUUUUGCUACGGCGACGAGUGCUGCUGUUGCUGCUUCUACUGCUGCGGGUGUGGCGGCUGUGGCUGUGGCCGCCCAGGAUAGUGCUGAGGCGAUUUUUUCUGUUGAUGCUGCUUCUCGGGGUGUCCCCUUCGAUGCCCUCACACCUGCCGCACAUUGCGCCAUCUGUAGUGCAUUGAUGAAUACUUUUAGAGAGGGUGUUGUUGCUGCGUCUGCAUCUGCAUCUUCCUUUGUGGUACCGUCUAUUAUUGGGUAA